AUGUGCGUUUCGCAGCUUGCGGCGUGGGCCAGUGCUAAUCAGGAGCUCCACCUCCAAGCUCAGAAUCCUGUUGGAAUAAUGUGCAUAAUGACUGUCCCAGACUGCGAGCUGAGAACCAGGAAUCAACCAAGCACAACUGUGCUGGUAACUUGUAAAUUCCUGCACCUGGAACAUCUGGCUCUGAAGAUACCACACUCCCAGCUUUGCUCUAUUUCAAUGACCUUUCUGUGGAAACUCAAAACACUUUCCACAAAAUGCUGGUACGAGGAAGCACAAAAGGGCUUAAGAGAGCCUGCACCACCUCCCUGGAAUCCGGGAGGCACCCCUGUCCCGCUGUGCUCACCCCCUCCAUUUGUUUCUUACUUGCCUGUUAAAGGCGCUUGUGUUGUUUCAGCCUUUGGUUGUUAUGAAUAG